UAGCUUCUUUUCUUUGUGCCAAAGGUAAUUAGCAGAAAAAUGGGUGCUCUUGACUAUCUCUCAAACUUUUGCACUGUCACCAGCACUGGAAGAAGGAAAAGGAAGCCAUUACAGACAGUUGAGAUCAAAGUGAAAAUGGAUUGUGAUGGAUGUGAGAGAAGAGUCAAGAAUGCUGUCAAAAACAUGAAAGGUGGUUUUAUCAUCUUACUCUACAUGCAUGUUCUUCACUUCUUGAAGCUUUUUUCUCUCAAUUACUCUGAAGGUGUGACAAACGUGGAAGUUAGACGGAAGCAACACCGAGUUACGGUGAGUGGCUAUGUUGAUCCAAACAAGGUGUUAAAAAGAGUGAAGAGCACAGGAAAAAGAGCUGAAUUCUGGCCUUAUAUCCCUUACAAUCUUGUUCAAUAUCCUUACGUAUCCCAAGCCUAUGACAAAAGAGCACCAUCUGGUUUUGUAAGAAACGUUGCACAAGCUGUUCCUGUGCCGAAUGCAUCUGAUGAAACAAUCACAUAUCUCUUCAGUGAUGAUAAUCCCAAUGCUUGUCACAUUAUGUGAGGAUUGUUCAUGUAAUUCUCGAGUCGAGUCGAAGAAGAUGACUAUUUUUUUCUUUCAUCUUUCAUGUCGAAUAUGUAUUUGAGGUAUAUCUAAUGAAUUAUCCGACACAAUGUUUGUUUUGCACA